UUCUUGCAUCGGUUAAACAUAAGUACGUUCGGUAGAAAUUUGUUGGGAUAAUAUUCUCGAAGCAUAACGGAUAACUUUGACAGAUGCCAUUUGGGAGUUGUCAGUUCAAUUUCGAUUAUUGUAUCGAUACGUUGACCAGUCGAUUUUUUAAUUCUACUUAUUCCUGGUCUACUCGCGUAUUUUGAAUGAGAAGUUGGGGUCUGGUGCUGAGUGCCAAUAAAAUGCUAAUACGCGUCCUCAAAAUGCGUUGAAGUUUUACGUCUAGAUGAGGCUAAGAGGAACCUCGGCAUUUUGCCGCAUGGUUAAAUUUGUCAUUAUUUGACUAUCUUGUCCUGAACUACCGAUAAGGAAGAAAUUAAUAUGUCGGAAUAAGAUGAGAAGAACCUUGUAUAUACGACGCCGCUGUCAAUUGCUCAGAGAGAAUUUUCCAAAGGAAUCUGAAAUCCACAUGAACUACCUGAAAAUCCGGUCUCAAUUAUUGCAACGCAGGUAUGGAAAUAUUGCAGAACAGAGCUGUACAAGUGCAAGCAGUCGAAGUCGUUCAACAAGCAUUCGCAGUUGUAGUAUUUCACGAUUGUCUGAGCAGGAGUUUAAAAUGAAUGCAAGUAACUCAGGCUUUCAGUCACCAUUAAUGAAUGAGAUGGGUAGAAAACAAACUGCCUUUCAGGCGAGAAGAUCAAUUGCUGAAAAUUAUGCCUUUGUUGGUGUCCAUCACAUAUUUGAUCAACAUUCUGCUGCUGUGUCAAUGUUGAAAUUUGCUAACAAUGAUCGAUCAAAGUUGUGCUGUGCUUCUUUAGAUGGCAUUAUUUCAAUCUGCGAAGUAACUGGUGUCACUGGAACUCCACCCAAAGUUGUUGCAUUGCUAAAAGGUCAUCAGAAAGGAGUUACAGCUAUUGAUUGGAGUGUCAGCAAUGAUUUGGUAGUCUCAUGCUCACUCGAUGCUUCUGUUAGACUAUGGAGUGUUCAAUACACAUCGUUGGAUCCAGGGACAUUUGAAUCUGAUCCCUUGAAGGCAACUUGUUUACGGGUUGUGAAGGAUCAGCUUUGUGCCGCUAUCUUGUGUUGCGCUUUCCUCCCAGCCAACAACAACUUAGUUAUUACUGGCAAUUCGCAUGGAUUACUACAAGUUCUAAAUGUAUCUACUGGAAUUUAUCCUCGGGAAGGCACUGCAAAAAUUGGCGGAAAGAUUCUAUCAUUAGCGUGUGAAGAAAGCGGCGGAGGAUCCUUGGUGUGGGCAGGAAACGAUAGGGGAAGUGUAAUAUCUUGUCAGCUCGAGGUGGGCUCAGGUCGUUUAACGAAGCUUCGACGGAUUGAUGGAAUUGGUGGAGGAAUAACAAGUCUUUCUUGGCGAUCCUGGCUGUCCAAAGAAUCUCCUUGGCCUACUCUUUUAUUGAAUAGUGCCUGUAACAGUCUUUGCCUUUAUCGAAUAAUUGAUCAUCACGGGACACUAUCACUUGUGAGAAAGUACCCUGUCAGACACAGGCAAUACCUGGUCCGAUCAACAUUCUGUCCACAAAUGGGGGCAUGCUUAAUAGCUACUGGGUCGGAGGACGGGGCUAUCCAUCUGAUAGAUUCUUCAAGGGAAGGCAGAGGAGCUCGAGUGAAUCGUCUCCAAGGUCAUGCUGCACCCACACUAGCUCUUUCUUUCAAUUACGACGAAUCCCUAUUAGCAACUGCCGAUCACCAAGGUCUGAUAAUUGUGUGGCGCAACCAUCAACAUCAUCAUCAGUAGUUAUUCUAGUUUAGGCAUGUAGUAAUCAUUGCUUCGGAUUAUCAUGAACAGAUUGUCAAUAUUCAAGAUAAAUAUUUGCGUUGUUGCGUAACAUUCAUUUGUACACUUCCGAAAGAAUUGUCUGAAAACUAUUUUUUUGACGGCAUAUUUUUCCUGUACUUGAAGAAUAUUCAUAUACAGAAAGAAAUUGACUAGCAAAAUAACUAAUAUUGCAGUGGGGCCGAUUCAGACACAUUCCAUGUGGGAAUAGAACAUGUUUCUGAGGUAUUCCAAUUUAUAAGCACAGCUUUUAGGAUCCAAGGUUCAUUGAACAAUUUGUAUUUUUUUUUAAAUCACUGAAAAAUGCCCUAUAACUUUGUUCUGUAAUCCUGUAUAUAUGUAAUAAAACUUUACAACAGUAAUUUCAAAUAUAA